AUGAGAAUGCUUGACGACAUGAUAGAAAACCCGCCUGCUGGAAUGUCUGAAGAGGAAAAGAAGGUGUACCUGGAGGAUUGGAGGAGUGCUAAAGAAUGGGGAGGGUUUCUCUAUAGUAUAGAAAGAUGGGAACGGAUAGCUGAGGUGGAGAAGAUAGUGUGCAAUGCAUGCAAGGAGAUCUGUCUUGGGCUGAGGGAGGAGGAGCUUCUGGGAUUGCUAGCCGAGGGAGGUAUGAAGAAGACUUUGAAAGAGGAAUUCAGCGAAGAUAAGGCCAAAGAUGCAAGAUAUCUAGAAUAUAUUGUUGUUGAUGACGUGCUGUUGCUGGAUGCACACAGAGAAUAUGGAGGAGAGGUCACCAAAGAGUUGGUUAGGCAGAUGCUGCUGGGGAAGGAGGGAAAGGAUAUAGACAAAAGAUAUGUAGACAGGGUUGCAGGUGUAGUCAGAGAAAGACAGAGGAAAAGAGAAGAGGAAACGGAAAGGAGUGUGAAAGAGCUGGUGGGGGACGAGGAGAAGGCGAAGAGUAAGGAGGAGAAGGCGAAGAGUAAGGAGGAGAAGGCGAAGAGUAAGAGGGGGAGGAAGGGGAAGAGUGCUUCUGCACCCUCGGAACAAGAGGAGGAGAAGAAGGAGAGCGAGGUAGAGGAGGCUGAGCAGGGCGGGGAAGUAGAGGCGCUGCCGGUGGAGGUUGGAGGUGCACGCAGCAAGGGGGGCAAGAAGAAGAGCAAGGGUGGUCGGAAGUGUUUCAAGAUCCACAGAAGGGUUCUUCGGUGGACGAAGAGCCCUGAGAAGAUCAAGGAGGAGUGGGACAAGGGAAGUGAGGAGAGGUGGAAGGGAAGGUCUCUUGAAGAGAUCAAGGAGCAGAAAAUAGUGCAUGAUAUAACGGGUGUGCUGGAACUUCUCAGGAGUGAAGAUGCAGACAGAUUCUUCAUGGAUGCAGGAAAGUACAGGAAGGGCGGGAGUGAGAGGCAGAGGAUGGUGGCGAUUGGAGCUCUUGAGACUGGGGGACAGAGGAUGACAGGAGUGGUGGAGGUUGGGACGUUCAAGGAUGGGGAUGGAUGUCCGGUUGUGUACCACCUGAGGUUCAAGCCAACCAGUAUAGGGUCGAUAGGAGAUGUUAUAAACCCAGGGGUUGUUGAAGCAAGUGAUGUAGGCAGGGUAGACGAGGGUGAAGAAUGUGAGGAUGCGGACAAGUUUGUGUAUCCAAAAGGAGUAAGGUUUGAAACGGUGAAGGAGACAGGAUCAUUUCAGAUAGUGUGGAAGAAUCCUUCGGAUACCUCUGAGGUUCUCCGUCGUCUUAUUGUUUAUUGCAGGCCAUGUGUGAUCUGA